GGGUAUCUGCAAGGCAGCCUUGGCUUGGGAAGUUGGUGAGACAAGCAGGGAAGGGCUUGGAGGAGCGGAAGCAGAUCGGGACCAGGGGAAGCCAUCCUGGUUUAGCUCCCCUGCGGAGGGGAGCAGAGGGAGAGGUCCAGCCUGUCUCCCCUCGCCUAAGCUUGCGUGCGCAAGGUUUUCUGUCGCGUGGCGGCGGCGGAUGAUUUCGCAGGGGCGCAAGGACCCGAAGUUCUCGCUGAUGGAUCUGCGCAAAACUUUUACCCAUGGGUAACAAAGGAGUCCGGAGCAAAUUCACCAAUGAUUGAAAAACAAAAAAAAAACAACCCAAUAACUAAUAAGACUCAAAGACAGUUUGUUGUUAGUUUCAACACAAUGAGCCGCCGUGGAAACAACUGGGCCUACACUGAGGUCAUUGACCUCCUGGAUAUAUGGGGAGAGCAGAAGAUUCAGAAGCUGCUUCAGAGCAGCUACAGAAAUAUGGACACCUUCCAAGUCAUUGCAAGCGAGAUGGCCAAGAGGGGACACGAGCGUACUGCCCAAGAGUGCCGGACCAAGACUAAAACAAUGCGUAGGGAUUACAAAAAGGCCAAGGACAACCCCUCCUCGCUGGGCGGGCGCAUGACGUGCCCUUUCUAUGAGCAGCUCGAUAGGAUAUUGGCCGGCGAUUCCGGCUUCCAGCCCCCAAGGAGGCUACCGCAUGCUGCUCUGCCAGAGGAGUCGUCGGGGGAUACCAAUUCCCCUUGUCCCCUGGCGGAAGGAGCCGUUCCCGUGGUGCCCGAGGACUAUAGCGAGAGUCCGGAUCAGUUUUCCCCAUGCACACAGAUCGCUGUGGAGAUCUCCGACUCUGCCACACCCAGUCCCAUGUUCUACAUGACGAGGGCGGUUUCCGCGAAGCCUGCAAGCAUGUCUUGGCCAGCAGCAAAAGCUGAUCAUCCGGCUCCAUCCCUCUCCUCUAUGUUCCUCAGUAACCCUGGCAGCUCAUCAACCAAAGGUUCAAGAAUGGAUGCAACGGUGGCCCCUUCGUCAGCUCUGUUGCCCAACUGCCCGACUCUGUCUUCCGAAGGGCGGCUGACCAGAGUCCGAAAGCGCCAAAGAAAAACCAGGAAUGACUUGGUCAUGGAAUUGUCGCGAAUAGCAGACAGGAGGGUACAGACCGCAACUGACAGAAUCCUGUCUUCCUUGAACCGGUAUGCCACCGCAGACCUUCAGGACCGAGAGAGGGACCGGGCCGACACGGCGCAAAUCAUUGCCAUCAUGCAUCGCCAGACAGAACUGCUGGAAUCGCUGGUGCAGAUGCAGUCUGUCGAGCAGACGCCGGUGUCCCCUGCACCCUCGUGGCACCCUCGGCCACGCUCCGCCAUCUCUCCCCCCUCCCGUUCGGGUGUCCCCAGGAGGACACUGGUGCCCCGGGUGAACCACAGGCGGAGACCACAGAAGUACAGCCCUUAACUGUACUGCUGAGGAAGAGGGUUUCCUAGUUAAAGUUGCUGGGUGCUACUGGAACAAUAUAUUGAGAGCCUACACCCAAAGGCAUUUGUAUUAACGGCUGGAGUUUCUAAUGCUAGAAUAGGACAUAAACAAUGAGGCAUAAUAUAUGCUACUGAAGCCUCAGUCGUGUACCCAUUCUCCUGAAAACGAGCCCGCUUGAACUCAAUGGGACUUACUUUUGAGUAGUUAUGCAUAGCGUUGUACUCUUAAGUGUUUGGAUUUAGAUGCUCCGGAAGACUGUUUUGUAGCAUACGUUCCAAAGACACCAAGAUUAAUUAUCUGGUUCCUUAUUGGCCCUGUGGGUUAGACACUUAGGUGCUAAAAAACUUAAUGGGUCCUCGCCUAAUUGUGUUGAUGGCCAAUGCCACCCCCCCCUCCACAUCUCCCUUUUUUAAAAUUUUGUAUUCCCUGAAACAUCAUUUAAGUUUUAAACUCUUUGCCCCCUGUUUUAAUUAAAAACACCCUGUUACCGCCUGGGAGGAGGCAUAAACAUGCAAUGGUUGGGGUGAGCUCAACAGUAGUUCUUCCAGUGGUGCAACAAUAAAGCUUGCUAGCACAUUUGCAAAGCUAA